AUGCUUUCUCAACGAAAAAUAUAUCCAGAUUCAAAAAGUUCGGAUGAAACAAAUGAAACAACAUCUCUUAUAUCUGGUAUUUUUAAAAACAAUAAAUGCGAUUCAGAUAAUUUGAAAAAAACUUUACUUUGUAAUUUCGGUGAAUUGCCUCUCUGGCUUCAAGAUAAUUGUGAUAUUCUUAGAGGGUAUCGAAGACCAACAUUUUCUUAUCUAAAAUGUGCUGAAUCAUUGUUUUAUGUUCAUAACGAAAGUGCGCUUGCAAACAAGUUUAGAACACCAGAAUUUAGAUGGUUUCGUACAGGACUAUUUAUAUCUAUGGGAUUAAGUGCUAUUAUACCUUUAAUACAUGCUUUAAUUAUUUAUGGGGUUGAACUAUCUGUUAAUGUAAUCUCUCUUAAUUGGAUGGUUGUGAUGGGAGCAUUUUACAUUACUGGUGCUUUGAUUUACGGCGCAAGAAUACCUGAAAGAUGGUUUCCUGGAAAAUUCGACAUUUAUGGAUCAUCACAUCAAAUAUUCCAUUUUUUUGUUGUGGCUGCAGCAUUUGUACAUUAUUUUGGUGUUAUGCAAGCAAUGAUGUAUUGGCAUGAUAAAAAUCAUAAUUGCGAACUAGAUAUCACAAUGUUGACACCUAGUUUUAUAUAUUGA